AUGACUAAACAAGGAAAUUUUAUUAUUAACGGACAUGAUAAGGUAGUUGUUUUUCAUGUUUAUCGCAAUAUUAAAACUCCCCAAAUUAUUGAAUUAAAAUUUCUCAAUUCUGAAUUAGUUAUUAAUUCACUUGAUAUUUUCAAGACUUUUGAUGUCUCUUUGGAAAUUUUGGAAAAAUUGUUUAGUAAGGAGGAAAUAAAUAUUGAAGACUAUCCGAAAGCCAACCCAUUAGAAGUAGGAAAAACCUUACCUCGCUUCUUGUUUAUGAAAAGAAAUUCUUAUUUUGAUUUCGGCAAACUCGGACGAAAGAAGUAUAAUCAAAAAACUAAUAUUCUUCGGCAAAUAGAAGGCCAAGAGUUAGCCGAUAAUUUAUAUGACAGCACUCAAAAAUUAAUUUUAAAAAAAAACUCGGUUUUAACUGGUAAAAACUUUCAAUUAUUACAGAAUGCUCUACAAAAGAAAAAAAUACCUGCUAUUAAUAUCCCCCACUCGACUAACGAUUUAUAUGUUAUUAAAAUAAAAGCACCGCAAAAUCCAGCAAGAACUUUGUUUGUGGUCGGUAUAGCCGAAGAUUUGUCCGAAGAAAAAACUUAUUUUGACUUGGCUGAUUUAGUUUGUACUAUUUCUAAUUAUAUUAAUUUGCACCAUGGCUUAGGCGAAAAAGCGAAAGAAGAGGAAAAAGAUAAUUUAGAAAAUCAAGUUGUUCGCCGAGUAGGAGAUUUGGUUUAUAGUGUAUUUGAAAAUAAACUAGGUGGUUAUUUACAAAGUCUAGGCAGUAAAUAUGUUACUAAUUAUCUCUCUCAGUUAAAGAAAGUUGAUUUAUCAAAAAUACCUGAUUUAAAAGAAUUUAACAACCUAUUAAAAAUUUAUUUUUUUAAUUCUUCACCUUUGGUUCAACUCCAAAAUCAAAAUAAUCCAUUGUCCGAAAUCUCUUAUGCUCGCAAGUUAAGCGUUUUAGGACUGGGGGGUUUUAGUUCAUCCAAUACUACUUUGGCUGCUCGAAACAUUAACCCUUCUUAUUAUGGCCGUUAUGAUUUGGUGGAAACUCCGGAAGGACAAAGAGUCGGUUUAAUUCAUAAUCUGGCCAUCGGGACUAAAAUAAACGAUUACGGACAAGUAAUUAUCCCCUGUUAUUUGGUUAAAAACGGGGUAGUUGUUUCUCAAUUAGAUUACUUAAACAGCGAAGAGGAAUGGGAUAAGCACAUUGCCCAUUGUAAUAUAAAAAUUGAUGAGAAAAAUAGGAUUUUGGAAGAAGAAGUGCCGGUUCGUCACCGAGGAGAAUUUAAGUUAGUAACUAAGGAAAAAGUAGAUUAUAUUGAUAGUUCUUUUUAUCAAUUAAAUUCAGUUACUAGUGCUACUAUUCCUUUUUUUCAACACAAUGACGCCACUAGAAUGUUAAUGUCUUCUAACAUGCAAAGGCAAGCCGUAACUUUAUUGAAGAGUGAAGCCCCUUUGGUUGCCAGUGGUUUGGAAUCUGCUUUAUCGAAUAAUUCUUCUUUAACUGUUGAAACUGAGGAAGCCGGAAAGGUAGAAUAUGUUGACAAUCAGCAAAUCAUCAUUAAAGAAAAUGAUAAAGGAGAAAGGACUUACAAACUAAGUCAAUCAGUAGUUUCAAAUAAGAAUAUACUUAAUUUUUCUCUUCCCUUAGUAAAGCAGGGUGAAAAAGUCAAAAAAGGGCAAAUAAUUGCGUGCGGAAGUUAUACUAACCAAGGAGAAUUAUCUUUGGGUUAUAAUUUACGGGUAGCCUAUUUGUGUUGGAAUGGUUAUAAUUAUGAAGAUGCGAUUGUGGUUAGCGACAGAUUAAUUAAAGAGGACAUUUUAACUUCCCUUUUCGUUAAAAAGUACAAAAUUAUUCGAUAUAAUACUAAGCACGGUCCGGAAGUUUUUACUCCUGCUCCUAAUUUGCCUGCCCCUCUCCCUCACUUGGAUAAAAAUGGUCUAGUAAAAAUCGGUAGUGAAGUGAAGGGUGGUGAUAUUUUAGUCGGCAAAAUUACUCCGGAGCCGUUUUUAAAUAAAGAGAGUGAGGAAGAAAUGCUUUUGUUGAAUCUUUUAGGACAAAAAACCCAAAAAUUUUUUAAUUCUUCGCUUCGUUUACCAGCCGGAGAGAAAGGAACAGUUUACGCAGUAGAAACUAAAAAAAUAAUGAAAAAAAAAGAUGAAUUAGAAUUAGUGGAAGUUUAUGUUUUCUGCGAGAGAAAGUUAGAAGUAGGGGAUAAACUAACUACUCGCUUUGGUAAUAAAGGGGUAGUGGCUAAAAUUGUUCCAGAGGUUGAUAUGCCCUUUGAUGAGGAAGGGAAAACUAUUGACAUAAUUUUCAAUCCGUUGGGUAUUCCUACUCGUAUGAACCUCGGUCAAUUAUUAGAAACUAUGCUUGCCUCAGCCGCUCACCAACUUGGCGAAAAACUUUUGGUCCGACCUUUUAACACUUUGAAUUUAGAAAUCAUUCAAGAAAUUAUGAAAGAAGCCAAAAUAAAAAACUGA